AUGUCACCCUCAUCCCGAAGAAAAAGACCUGCUGGGAGACGCAUGACUCUAGCAGUUGCAGCUCGUGAAUCAUUCUCCUCCUUUCUUUCCUUUGGCAACCAAUUCCGCUUUCCAGGUUCAAGAAGUGGAAAUCGAUCCAAGCGCAGUAGUCUCUUCUCUCUCUCCGAACCGCAGAAUCAGCAACUGCGUCAGCACCAUCGUAAUCACCAACACCAUCCUCAUCCUUUUAUGCAUUUGCAUUUACAUCAUUCACCAAUCCGAGAUCAGGAGGAAAUCUCACCUCUGGCUCAGCCAAAGAGAUGUCUAGGCGGUGAAGGCGUCAAACAGAGCGAUCGCUUUUCUAGUCUGGAUGAUAUCUUCCACCGAACUUACUGCGCCAGGGCGCAGUUACAGCAUCCAGAAUGCAAGGAUAGUGAUGUGGAGGUAGCAAAGAAGGGGGAAUGA